AUGGCUGAGAUCCAGGUCAAGGAAGGCAAAGCGCCCUUCAAGAUAUCGUCAAUUGACGAACCCUGCUUCACCUACUACAAGAUAAUCGGUGACAUUUCUGGCAGCACUCCUCCUGUUGUUGUGGCACAUGGAGGACCCGGCGCGGGACACGAGUACCUCCUUACCUUUGCAGAUCUCUGGCAGAAAUACGGGCUCCCGGUUGUGUUCUACGACCAGAUAGGCUGUGGCUCUUCCACGCAUCUUCCGCAAAAAAGCGGCGACCAGUCGUUCUGGCAGGAGCAGUUAUUCCAGGACGAGCUGGAUAACCUGCUAGACCACCUCGAGCUGCGCGGUGGUCCCGGCUUUCACCUUCUCGGCCAGAGCUGGGGAGGCAUGCUUGGUGCGGCCUUCGCCGCCCGUAGGCCUCAGGGUCUCCGGAGGCUGGUUCUCGCCAGCGCACUUGCGAGCAAGGAGCUCGCUACCCGCGGUGUUCAAAUUUGGAGAGACCAGAUGCCGCCAAAUAUGCAGCACGCCCUCGACGAAGCCGAGCAAAAGGGCGAGUACGACAGCCCUGCAUACAAGCAGGCGCUAGGCUUCUACAACAAGAAGCACGUGUGCCGUGCCGAUCCAUUUCCACCGCGGGAGCUACUGCCGGCUUUGAAGCAUCUGACUGAGGACACGACAGUGUAUCGCACAAUGAAUGGUCCUUCACCUCUCACAGCAGACGGCUCGCUGAACAAUUGGACCGUCAUCUCUCGUCUUCCCCAAAUCAGCGCUCCGACUCUCGUCUACAAUGGCGAAUACGACACCUCCCACGACAUCGCCCAAGUCCCCUUUUUUGAGCUUAUUCCACGGGUCCGCUGGAUCACAUUCCCAGAUGGUGGUCACAUGUGCCAUCUGGAAGGCGGGGGCCGGCGAGAGAGGAUUUUGAAAGUCGUUGGCGAGUUUCUAACGCAGAAGGAAUGA